GUUAAAAUUGGUUUUUGGUGGUAUGCAAAAAGUGGUUUAUUAGAUUUACGGAUUGUUUUGAUUGGAAGUGAAGUUUUUAGUGUACGCAGUGGAAUUUUUGGGCAAAUAUUACGUUUUGGGAUUGUAGUAUAUCUCUAGUAAUAUGACGGAUGAAGUUAAGAAAUAUUUCAAUGGGUUACUACACAAGGUCAACGGUCUGUAUGUAAUACAAGUUACUGAUAGAGAUGGAGUACCAUUGUUGCGUGUGAGUCAGGAUAAAAAUGUAGACUUUGCACUUAUGCCGUCUUUCAUUCCUACAUUUGCAACGGCCAGCGAGCAGGCAGGAAAGUUGGGGUUGGGACGGAACAAAGUAAUUAUUUCGAUGUAUUCGAAUUACCAGGUGGUACAAAUGAAUAAACUACCAUUAAUUUUAACUUUUGUUGGUGGCGAGCAUUGCAACAGUGGCCAUAUACUAGCUUUGGAACACCAAUUAGAUGCUCAUCUGGAAGACAUAAAGUCAGCUGUAAACGAAGCGUAAUAAUAUACACAUAUACACAUGUUCUGCCUUUUUCAUAUCUUUCUGCAACAAUAUACAUGCAAUAUUUGACAA